AUGGCCAUCCCGCGCAUCUAUCACUGUGACUUAAUCUGGCUAGGGACCGAGGGGUACGAGGAAUGCGAGCGUCCAACAGAGGCCCAAGCCGCGUGUACCUACGCAAUUGCAACACCAACCCGAAUACCGACGACGAGAGCUGUACCCAGCGCCCCCCUAUCCGAGCAGAAGACCGAUCAGAAUGCCAACAAGACCGCUGCUAUGACGACGAAUCAGAAAGCAAGCGAGCUGCUACCAUGGCAAGAAAACACCGCCUACGAGGCCCUACAGCCAGCCGUAAUUGAGCCCAGCGGACCAUCUGCCUCGCGACGACCACCACCGACCAUGAUGCAGACGGCGACCGCCUGGCUGCGCGACAUGACACUGGUCAAAGUCGUCAUCAUAAUCUACUGUCUCAACGUUGUGGCGUGGGGCGGCAUGAUCUUCUUGCUGCUCUGCAACGCCGCGCCCGCCAUGUGCCACCCGACUUGCAACGACAUCAACUCGCCGCGCCGCAUAUGGAUAGAGAUCGACUCCCAGAUUCUGAACGCCCUCUUCUGCGUCAUGGCCUUUGGCCUGGCGCCCCAGCGCGCUCGCGACGCCUGGCGCCUUGUCCAACACCACUUCGCCCACGACUCCUUCGCCCUGCGCCGCCUCGCUGCCUCCUACCGCUCGUGGUUUCGCCUGCCCGGCUCGCAGGAGCUCCCUAGCGACCUCGGGCCCGACGAAGUCGACGAUUGGCUUUCCAAGGGCGGUGCACUGGCGGUGGUACCCCAUCCCGCCCGGUCUAUCCCGGAUGCGCCCUAUUCGGGGCUGCGCGCGUCGCCGACGGCGCUGUGGAAGCUGGCAACCGUCAUUGGUUUGAACGUCAUGAACACCGUCUUCCAGGCCGUGCUGUCAGGGUUCAUGUGGGGUUACAACAGACAUACGCGUCCGCAGUGGGCUGUGCCUUUGUUCCUUUGCUCGGCCUUUGGCGUGUCGAUUGCUGCUGGCGUUAUGGGAGGUCUCGAGGGAAAGCGUGUGAAAAAGGUGGAACAAGUGGUGGCAGCGCCUGAAUCCUCAUGA